AUGUAUCAUAACCUAACAAAAACUGCGUGGGAAUUCUCACAGAAGCAUGGAUUAGAUGUAGUGGCUAUUAAUCCGGGUACAUGUCUUGGCCCGCUGUUGCAGCCAGGCUUGAAUGCGAGCUGUGCUGUACUGCAGCAGCUGCUUCAGGGGUCAAAGUGCACUCAGGAAUGCCACUGGCUAGGGGCAGUACAUGUCAAAGAUGUGGCAAGAGCUCAAGUCUUGCUGUUUGAGACCCCUGCUGUUUCUGGCCGGUACCUUUGCACCAAUGGUAUCUACCAGUUUGCUGAUUUCGCUGCCAUUGUCUCUCAACUCUUCCCAGAGUAUCCAAUUCACAGGUUGUUAUCAUGUUACUUUAUUGUUCAUAUUUUGGUGAUUGGGUAUCAUACUAUCAUGUAUUUGAUGACGGAUGGUAAUAUGGUAUGCCAGAACUGGUUUACUGAAGAAACCCAACCAGGUCUGGUGGCCUGUAGAGAUGCAGCCAAGAGAUUGAUCGAUCUAGGCCUAAUUUUUACACCACUAGAAGAAGCAAUACAUGAGACAGUAGUGAGUCUGAAAGCCAAAGGUUUCUUGGAGGAAUAA